AAUCCUUUCAACGGUCCUCUCAUGACUCCCUUCAUGCUGCCUGCCCCUUUUAAAAGCCCCUCAUCUAUGCCCAUUAAAAUAAGCCACGGGGAAGCAAUUAUUCCUUCCAUAUAAGUUGUUGGAUUCAACCUAGGAUAAAAUCUCAUACCCACUCUGAAAAUUAGUACUGGGUAUUCCUGAGAAUAGCUCCGCAUUUACACUAUGCCGAUGCUGAGAUUUAUCUUCUGUUGGCUCCUCCUGGCCUUCUUAGGAUGUUUCUCAGAUGUUUGCUAUACAAUGAAGUAUAAGAUUGGGGUCAACUAUGGGCAACUUGGCAACGACCUGCCCUCUCCACAGGAGGUAGUCCCCAUGCUCCAGAAAAUGAAUGUCGGCAUGGUGAAACUCUAUGAUGCAAAUCCAGAAAUUCUCAAGGCCCUCUCGAACACUGGUAUCAAGGUCUCUGUGAUGGUUAGAAAUGAGGACAUAGCCAAUGUCUCAAGCAACCAGUCAUUUGCAAACAACUGGGUUAAGCGCAAUGUUAUUUACUUCUACCCUGGAACCAGAAUUAUUACUGUACUGGUAGGGAAUGAGAUUUUAUCAGACUACGGCCACAAUCAAACAUGGUAUCAGCUAGUACCUGCAAUGCGCAAAAUCAGGCAAGCCCUGCUUAGGUAUAAUCUGCACCAUAUCAGGGUAGGUACCCCUUCCGCCAUGGAUGUGCUCAACACUUCAUUUCCUCCAUCAGCUGGGGUUUUUAGGAAUGAUAUUGCUGAAUCUAUUAUGAAACCAAUGCUGAAGUUUCUGAAUCGAACCAAAUCCUCAUUUUUUGUUGAUGUAUACCCUUAUUUUCCCUGGUCUUCUGACCCCAAGAACAUUACCCUUGAUUAUGCAAGCUUUGAUGAUGAUGCGAAGAAUUACACCGAUCCCAGUGGCCUUGUGUAUACCAACUUGUUGGAUCAGCAACUUGAUGCAGUAAUAGCUGCAAUGAGCAAGCUGGGCUAUGGAGACAUUAGGCUGACAAUAGCUGAAACUGGAUGGCCUAAUGCUGGCGACCUUAACCAGUUGGGGGCUAACAUUUUUAAUGCAGCUCAUUAUAACCGGAGACUUGUGAGAAGAAUGCUUGCAGAUCCUCCCCUUGGAACCCCUAGCAGGCCAAAUCAAUUCAUCCCAGUGUUUAUUUUUUCAGUUUUUAAUGAGAAUCAGAAGUCUGGCCCAGGGACUGAGAGGCAUUGGGGUUUAUUAUACCCAAAUGGAUCAAGGGUUUAUGAAAUUGAUCUCACAGGAAAGCUUACGGAUUCUCAGUACAUGGCUCUUCCUCCUCCACCCCCACCUUAUAGGGGUAAAUUAUGGUGUGUGGUUGAUCUUAAAGCAAAUAUGUCGGCUUUGCCAGAUGCCAUUACAUAUGCUUGUUCUCAGGGUAACAACACCUGCAUUGAUAUCCAACCAGGAAAGCCUUGUUAUCAGCCUAGUUCGGUUGUUAGACAUGCAUCCUAUGCUUUCAAUAGCUAUUGGCAGCAAUUCAAGAACUCAGGGGCCAGCUGUUAUUUCAAUGGAGCUGCAACAAUGGUCACAAAGAACCCUAGUUAUGGUUCUUGCAGAUACCCAUAUAACUAACUCUCACUAUGUGGUGGGAUUUGGAUGGAUGAAGACAUUCUCAUCUCAGAUUUCGGUUUUUUGCCGGCAGCUUUAUUUGAAGCUCCAUCUGUUACAUUUGUUAUAGAAGUGUUGCUGUUUACUAAUUUUCUGGUUUUAAAGCCAGCUGCCCUCUGCUUUGGUGGAUGAUGUUUGGCAUCCUUGUAAUAGUUAAUUGGCAAUAUAUAAAUAAAUUUGUUACAGAAUUUGCACUGUGUA